UGGAUGAUGGCUUUGGUAACGUAACUGAGGAAUCAAGUGGGCGUUUAAAAUGGCUCUGAAAGCAAUGAUGGUGUAAUAAAAGGAAACCAUUUGCUUCAGAUUAUAAACAAAAGAAAAUCUGCAGAUGCUGGAUAUCCAAGCAAAACACACAAAAUGCUGGAGGAGCUCAGCAGGUUGGGCAGCAUCUAUGCUGUAUCAUAGAUGCUGCUUGGCCUCCUGAGUUCCUCCAACAUUCUGUGUGUCUUGCUUCAGGUUAUUCUGAGCCAGACAAAGUUGAGAAGAAUACGUCCCACAUCCAAAGAUAUUAUGGCCACUAAGUGGACAGCAGGGAAUUCUCCAGUGCUAUGCCUGGAUGUCAACCGUGAAGGUCUUGUGGCAUCAGGAGCUGAGGAAGGAUCCUUUGCAGUCUGGAAUAUCGAAGGUUCUACCGUUGGCCAUCUGAAUCUAGAGGGCGACGAUGUCACUUGUAUAUCAUUCUCACACACAUGUGAAAACGUAGUCUAUGCAUCUCAUGGUGAAGCAAUAAGUGCAUUAGAUAUUCGAUCUCUCAAGGAGCCCAUUGAGUGCUUCCGUGUGAAUGAGGAUGAAAUAAAUUGCAUUUCUCUAAAUGAAACAGACAGUUAUCUUGCAGCUGCAGAUGAUUCUGGAUCAAUUAAGAUCAUAGACAUGGCUAGCAAGCAAGUCACCCGCAGUCUACAAAAACACUCAAAUAUUUGUUCCUGUGUAACUUUUCGACCUCAGCGGCCACAGAGUCUGCUUUCCUGUGGUUUAGAUAUGCAGGUUAUCCUGUGGAACUUGCAGAAAUCUCAACCCAUCUGGACUGUGAACCUUCAGGAUCUGGCACAAGAGGAAGAAAAAAAUGAGCAGAUAACUGGGUGCCAGCUUUUUAAUCCACCAUUGGCUCAUUUCACUUCAGUUGCCAGUUGUGGUAAUAUAUUUGCCUGUGGAGCUGAAGAUGGCAAAAUACGUUUGUUCAGAGUAACAGGAACAAGAUUUGAGUUAGAAAAUGGAUUCCGCGGUCAUAGCUUGGGUGUUUCUCAGGUCCAUUUUCUGAACUCUGCAUCCCAUCCUUAUUGGUUGAUUUCUGGAGGGAAUGAUGCUAAAGUCCUCUUGUGGGACCUUGGAGAACAAGUCUUGACAGAUGACAAACGACCUUCAAAAUCAUUGAGGCAAAAAUCAAAAGUUGGCUUCACUACUAAGAAAGUACGUAAAUGUAAAGGAACAGCCAGUGGUGCAAAAGGCAGCCAAAAAAAUAAAAGUAAUGAUGUUUUGCUGAAGCUCAGUGUUGAUCAUGGAGAAAAAGUGAAUUGGAUUUCAGCUGUGGAUAUAAAGGGUUCUGAAACAAUGCUCAUUGCUGACCAGAGUUGUCAGAUAUCACUAUACCGUCUAAAAGACCUGUAAGUAUGCAGUCAGUGAAACUAUUUAGAUGAAAGUGGCAUUGAAUUAGUAAAGGAUUUUGGAAGAAGCAAAUUGGUAGAAUUUCAUUAAAUUCUGAGAUAAAUGUGAGGGCCACCUGCAUGUCUUGUACUUGGAUAUGAGUACAGAAAAUUCAUAUGACUGUUAGAAUAAUCAAAUAACCUGUUAGCUAUAAAUAUACUUAAAUUUUUGUGAAAUUCCAUAUAUGAAAACUGUAUCCUGUACAGAGAAUUUCUCUGAGACUCCCUAAGAGCUAGGAGCCCUUAUAAAGAGGUUGGCAGAUUUUUAUGUGGCUACUUUGCACUAGAAGGAGGCUGUUUUGAUUUGAGAAUACUGAAGAAUAUUAACAUGGUAACUAUGGAGUAAAGAGUUGUUGGCAGUUCUGAGAAAAAUCAGCCUACUCGAAAUAUGUGCAUACAGAUUUUUACAACGCUGAGAAACAUAAAAGUAAAUCUGGAAGAAUACUGGACUUCAGCAGGAUACAUUAGGGCUUUCAUUUUUGAACUUUGCUGGUAUUUGACAAUAUUUGUGUUUUUAGAUUUUUUUUGCAUCAUUGAUCCCAAAAACUGGUUCAGAAGAGAUUAUUUUCAUAACUGAGUUUACAACAGCUGUGUGACUGAAAUAUUAUUUCUUGAUAAACCACAAUUUAAAAUUCCUCAAAGUAUUUAUCGUGGUUUCAGUCUAAACAUGUUUAUUAAUAAAGCCUGAAAUUCAAAUAAAACAUGGUGAAUUCAUU